CCCCAUUCGCUUCGGCGACACCUACGACCACGUACACUUACACGGUGAUCCAUCAGAUACUUUUGACAACCAGAAGAAAUGGUCAAGAAAGGACAAUCAAAGGGUGGAAAGCCAGGCAGGGGUGGAGGGGUGAAAAAGCCGUCCCCCGCGACGGCAACAGGCGAUGAUAGCUUCAUCGUAUUCUCGAAUUCCGAUAAAGAUCCCAAACCGAAGAAACCUGCGAAUGCUACGGCAGGACCCUCUGGACUCGAUGGGCCUGCUUUGGCUGGAGAAGCUCCAAAGCGACCUGAUGUGAAGAAGAUAAUAGGAGGGGCGUCUUGGACGGGCAAGUUACCUGUGAACAUGCUAUCAGAGCAUUGCCAGAAGCAGAAAUGGGAGAAGCCGGAAUAUACGAUGGUAUGUCGACCAUCUAGUGUCUCGUCGUGCCAAUACUAACAACUUUACUCCAAGUCUAAAACCCCGGAAGGCUAUUCAUCCAUGGUCAUCCUGAAAGCCAAAAACCCGAAAACACAAGAACUCGUACAGCUUGCGCCGUUCAAGUUACCCCCAAGCCACAAGCAUCUUGCCGCGAAGCCUACCGCUCUCGAGGCGAGACACUUUGCUGCCACAUAUGGACUUUUCCGUGUUUGUAGUAUGCGAAAUAUACAUAUGAUGCUUCCUCCUGGCUAUCGAGAUUUAUGGAAAGGGGAGUUCGAGGUUCUGAAAAAGGAAGACAUAAAAGAUGGUCGCGCCUGGCAAUACGAGGCCGAUCCAUUUGCAGCACUUCGAGAGCGGGAGGAAGCCAAGGCUCUGAUGGAAAAACGACGGAUAGAACGAGACAAGGCAAAGGAGAAAGCGCAAAAUAAUCCUGAGGGACCUGGAGGCGUGGGACUGGCUCUCCGUAAUGGAGGACCGGGAGGUGCAGGUUCUGGCUCCCAUAAUAUUCACAGAGGUUGGACCCGUAUUCCCAAAAUCGAAAUGGGGAAACGAGGGCGAAUAAAUAUCGAAAACUUGAUUCGGAAGCAUGCAAUUUGGAAUCCUCAUGAUGUACGUAUGUCUCAAUUUCAGAAACAUUCAAUUGUCAAUGAAUUCACAAAACUGGAAUUCCGCGAGAGUCACGUUCAAGAAGCUGUGGAAGAGUGCAAAGACCGAGAGGAGACUUUGGAAUGGUUGCUUAUUCACGUUCCUGAGGAUGAUCUUCCUCGGUGGGCAUUACCUGAAGGCUACACAGCUGGUAUUAGCAUGGGGAGCAGUGAUUUAAAAAGAGAAGGGGCAAUCAAACGAUUAGCAGAAGCAGGAUAUUCUUUGGACUUGAGCAAACAGAUCUUCGAUGUAAGUGGUGAUGAAGCCACCGCCGCGGAAUCUUUACAGAAGAUUCUUCUAUCCAGUGGGCAAGACUCCGAAGUUGUUGUAGAUGAGUCGGAUUCUUGGGCUGCAGAAGAGGCAAAAGAAAACUCUGAAGCAACCUGGGAAGAAGAACUCCUCAGCUUACAGGCGGUCAGUGGUGAUCGAUACUCUCGUCCAUCAAAAGAUGUUUGUAGGAUUACAAUUAAGCCCUCUAAUCGGGGUCGAAACACCGAAGUCCGUCCUAUUUUGCAGUUUCGAAGAACUCCCGAAUACCCACAAAAGGUUCCCGUUCUAUCAGUACAUGCUACCCUUCCAUCUUAUAUCCGUCUGAGUGUUAUGAAGCAAGCUCUCAACCACGCUGUUGAUAACCUUCUUGGAGAGCAAAUGUUAUAUUUCUUGGUGGAUUGGGUGGAACAAAAUCUAUACAGUAUCAUUGAGCGACCAGGAAGACUUCGAGACAUCUCUGCUGCAGCCUCUACUACUAGUGAGGUGCGACCGGUUCAACGAAAGCGACAGAAGAAUUCUCGUCAUCCUCGGUUAAUCAACUGGUCCCCUAAUGCAAGAAGCAAGGAGGACUGGACUAGACGACAAACGGACCCUAAGUUGCAAUCUCGAAUUCAAGAAAGAAGAUCGCUACCUGCUUGGGAGAUGCGUGAGAUCAUAAUUGAUACAGUGGAGGCUCAUCAGGUGACUAUCAUUUCGGGAGAGACGGGUUCUGGUAAAUCCACUCAGUCUGCACAAUUCAUUCUGGAUGAUUUAUACCAGAGAGCUUUGGGCGAAUCUACAAAGAUCAUGUACGUCACGUCCUAUUCAUGUUCUUUAUGGUUCUAACAUCCAUGUCUAGUUGCACCCAGCCCAGAAGGAUUUCAGCUCUUGGAUUGGCCGAUCGCGUGAGCGACGAACGGUGUUCUACGGUUGGACAAGAAGUUGGAUAUAUUAUUCGGGGCGAGUCCAAGGUCACGCCAAACACCAAAAUUACAUUCGUAACAACCGGUGUACUUCUCAGAAGACUUCAAACUUCCGGCGGUGGCAGUGAGAAUGUCGUUGCAAGUUUGGCGGAUGUUAGUCACGUUAUCAUUGAUGAAGUUCACGAACGCAGUUUAGAUACAGAUUUUCUUCUGGUAUUGCUAAGAGACGUUUUGAGAAAGAGAAAAGAUUUAAAACUAAUCCUGAUGAGUGCCACACUUGACGCGGGUGUUUUUGAGGAUUACUUCAAAAGCAAUGGAAAAGUUGGGAGGGUCGAGAUUAGCGGGAGGACAUAUCCUGUGGAGGAUUAUUACCUCGAUGAUGUGAUCAGAAUGACUGGUUUCAAUAUUGGUCGAUUUGGAAAACAUAACGAAGAUGCCGAAACAUCAGGAAUGGAUCCAGACGUCGCUGCGACUAUUCAAAGCAUCGGUAUGAGAAUCAAUUACGACCUCAUUACACAGACGGUUAAGGAAAUCGAUGCGGAUCUUACGCACUUGAAGCAAGACGGUGGAAUCUUGAUAUUUAUGCCUGGUUUGAUGGAGAUUAGUCGAACACUUGAUGCUCUCAGAUCAAUACCAAAUCUUCACGCCCUUCCAUUGCACGCAUCUUUGCAAUCCUCUGAACAGCGACGAGUCUUUCCGCACGCACCGCAUGGCAAGCGCAAAGUCAUUGUUGCCACCAAUGUUGCCGAAACAUCUAUUACCAUUGAUGAUAUUGUGGCAGUAAUUGACACGGGACGCGUAAAGGAAACAAGUUACGAUCCGCAGAACAACAUGCGUAAACUCGAAGAAGUAUGGGCUUCCCGAGCAGCAUGUAAGCAGAGACGAGGAAGAGCUGGAAGAGUUCAAGCUGGUAAAUGCUACAAACUCUACACAAGAAACGCCGAAAUGUCGAAAAUGAUGGAACGACCUGAACCAGAGAUUCGAAGAGUUCCAUUGGAGCAGCUUUGUCUUUCUGUGCGUGCUAUGGGUAUCAAGGAGGUAGCCCAGUUCUUGGCAAGCGCCUUGACUCCCCCCGAAAGUCUGGCUGUUGAUGGUGCUAUGGAUCUAUUGGGUAGAAUGGGUGCAUUGGAUGGAGAUGAUCUUACUGCUCUUGGUCGACAUCUGUCUAUGAUACCCGCGGAUCUUCGAUGCGGAAAGCUUAUGGUUUAUGGAGCUAUGUUUGGCUGUUUGGAUGCAUGUGUUACAAUUGCUGCUAUCCUUACUGUCAAGUCGCCAUUCGUAUCCCCGCAGGACAAGAGAGACGAGGCCAAAUCUGCUAGAGCAAGGUUUGCUAAGAACCAAGGUGAUUUGAUUGGGGAUCUCAAGGCAUACGAGCAAUGGGACGAGAUGGUCAGUAAUAGAAGGUAUUUUUACUUCCCCCCAUGUAUUUCGCUUUCUACCCUAACAAUUCCCCAGCAUUCGGCAAGGCGAAAUCCGCAACUGGUGCAGCGAAAACUUCCUCUCCUACCAAACUCUAAACGACAUCUCUUCCAACCGAACUCAGUAUCUAACCUCACUUCGGGAACUAUCGUUCAUCCCUUCCCAUCAUCUGCCCCCUUCUUUGAACAAAAAUAACCAAAGCACAACUCUCCUCCGCUCACUUUGUGCCGGUGCCUUCAACCCCCAACUAGCACGCAUUGAUUUCCCUGACAAGAAAUUCGCGCAAUCCGUCUCAGGAGCCGUAGAAUUAGACCCCGAAGCUAAGACCAUAAAGUACUUUAACCAAGAGAACGGUCGUGUAUUCAUUCAUCCCUCUUCAACAGUAUUUGAUGCCCAGACGUUCCCUGGACAUAGUGUUUACAUGAGUUACUUUAACAAGAUGGCGACCAGCAAGGUCUUCAUUCGCGACUUGACGCCGUUUAAUGCGUACACGGCGCUUUUGUUUGGUGGACCGUUGACGUUGGAUACGCUUGGUAGGGGGCUUGUGGUAGAUGGGUGGCUGAGAUUGCGUGGUUGGGCGAGGAUUGGGGUGUUGGUUAGUAGGCUUAGAGGGAUGUUGGAUGAUGUUUUGGCUAGGAAGAUUGAUGAGCCUGGCUUGGAGAUGGGUGGAAAUGAGGUUGUGGAUGCGGUUAUGAGGUUGGUUGAAUUGGAUGGGUUGGAUCAGUGAUGUAUUUGUCCUUUUUUAUGGGGAAGCAUUGGGUAGAGUUGGGAUAAAUUAGAUUAGGGUUAGAGAGUGUGGGUGGUUAGGUGAGCAUAAACCAAUAAGGAGGUAUCCAAUAGAAUCAGUUU